ACCAACCAACAGAGGAACUACUGUCACGCCUUCCGGAAUCAGAGUCGGAUUGUUUUGGUUGAUGCGCACAAUUCCGGAAGUCUUUUUCGACCAUGCUCACUCCACAAAGUAUCAACUCACAGAGAUUCUAGCCGAAAAAUAACAGUCAGGGAUCAUUUAUCGGGGUUGUCACCGAGAGUUUAGGACACCACCGUCGCUAAUAAUGAAACUAAAGGAGUUAGAGAGCUGCCUGCAGCAGGUGGACGUGUUUGAAGAGCCAAAAAUCCUUCUUGAACAAUAUCCAACCAGUCCUCAUAUUGCAGCAUGCAUGCUUUAUACGAUCCAGAGUACGUUUGAUGACAUUGAGGGGAAACUGGUGGCUGAUCUGGGAUGUGGCUGUGGAGUCCUCAGCAUCGGAGCUGCGAUGCUUGAUGCAGGUUUGUGCGUCGGUUUCGACAUUGACAACGACGCACUGGAGAUUUUCAGGAGAAAUGUGGAGGAAUUUGAGAUUUCCAACCUGGAUCUGGUCCAGUGUGACCUGUGCUCUCUGGAGGAAAAGGCGUAUGAGAAAAAGUUUGACACAGUAAUAAUGAACCCACCGUUUGGGACGAAACACAAUCAAGGCAUGGACAUGAGGUUCCUGCAGACAGCUUUAACGAUGGCAAAGACAGCCGUGUAUUCACUCCAUAAAACAUCGACACGAGAGCACAUACAGAAGAAGGCUAAUGACUGGGGAGUGAAGAUGGAAGUAAUAGCAGAACUAAGAUAUGACUUGCCAGCAUCUUACAAGUUCCACAAAAAGAAAUCGGUUGACAUCCAGGUGGACUUCCUACGAUUCUCCAACACCUGACAGUUUGACUGGAAUGGAUUUAAAUUGCCUCUGCAUUAUCACUGUUUAUAAUAAACGUUUUCAAAAAAGAA